AUGGCCGGACAGGUAUCUCUAGAGUCCCUGACAUUCGAGCAUCAUGACACUGGCUUUGGCGUAGGAACAGCUACUCCACGACUUUCCUGGCGCUUUCUGACUGCCGAAGGGUGUCCUCACAACUGGAAACAGACGGCAUAUGAGAUCCAGAUCACCCGUCGCGAAGAAUUGGAGAUAGAAACUCAUCUGGUAACCGGUGAUGCCUCAGUUCUGGUGCCAUGGCCAAGUACGCCGUUGAAGUCCCGAGAAUCUGCCCAGGUACGGGUACGGGCUUUCGGUCGCGGGGUCGGCCAGCCUGAGGUGGAGCCAACUAAUUGGUCGUCCUGGACUAUGGUCGAGUGUGCGCUGCUCAACAGAGAGGACUGGGCUGCACUUCCCAUCACAGAUCCGGCAAAGGCAACCGAUGGCCCCUUACGUCCUCAACGAUUCCGCAAGUCGUUCGACCUUUCGGGAAUGGGGACCAUUUCUCAAGCACGCCUUUAUAUCACGAGCUUGGGUAUCUACCGAGCAUUCAUUAAUGGAUGCGAGGUUAGUGACCAUUGCCUGGCGCCAGGUUGGACGAGCUAUCGCUACCGGUUGAACUAUCAGACGCUGGACAUUGCGCCAUUUCUCAACCGCGAUGGGCCAAAUACAAUUGCAAUCGAAGUCGCGGAGGGUUGGUAUGCAACCCGCCUGGGCUUUUUGGGCGGACGAAGGCAACUUUACGGUGACAAAAUUGCGGCAGUUGCACAAUUGGAGGUCCGAUUCAAGGCUGAAUCCUUUUCUCUUGUUACGGACCACACAUGGACUUGUCAGCAAAGUGCGACCCUAACGAGCGAAUACUAUGACGGUGAGAUCUACGAUGCGCGCGAGGAAACCCCGGGCUGGAACAGCAGUUUUGUCGAAAGCGGCAACUCGCCCUGGGUGCCGGUCCAAGUGCUGCCUUUCCCAACUGCAACAUUGGUCGCCCCAGACGCUCCCCCUGUUAGGGUCACGGAAGAGAUCAAACCCGUAUCAGUCCAAAAAACCCCAUUAGGGAAGACUAUUGUGGACUUUGGCCAAAACCUCGUUGGCCGAUUACGUGUACGUUCGGUCAACAAACCACCCGGAUCCCGCGUUACUUUCAGGCAUGCCGAGGCUUUGGAACAUGGAGAGCUCGCGACCCGGCCGUUGCGCAUCGCAAAAUGUACGGAUGAAAUCAUUUGCGCUGGUAAAGAGUUGACUAAUUGGUCGCCUCAAUACACGUUUCAUGGAUUCCGCUACGUCCAAGUCGAUGGAUGGGACGAAAAUAGCGACGGUUCAUUGCUUGCAAACCUUACGGCGCUGGUGAUGCACACUGACAUGCGACGGACUGGCUGGUUUUCAUGCUCAAACCAAAUGGUUAACCAACUGCAUAAAAACGCUUUGUGGAGUAUGCGAGGCAACUUUGUGUCUAUCCCGACAGACUGCCCUCAACGUGAUGAACGCCUUGGCUGGACUGGAGAUAUUCAAAUUUUCGGUCCGUCUGCAAACUUCCUCUAUGAUACCUCCGCCAUGCUGGGUAAUUGGCUUCAAGACGUUGCUGUGGAACAGCUCAAUGAAGGAAAGGAUGGAUGUGUGCCACCGUUUGUUGUGCCGAACGUAAUACCUGAAGAACUUUGGCCACCAACGCCGCAAGCACAAUGGGACGACGUGGUAAUUUUGGGCCCAUGGGCAUUGUAUCAAUCCUAUGGUGACUCUGGCAUUCUUCACCGACAAUACAAGAGCAUGCUCGCUUGGAUUGACAGAGGCAUCCAACGAGGUCCAGACGGACUCUGGGACCCUGAGGUGUGGCAACUGGGAGAUUGGCUGGACCCAACUGCACCGCCAGUAGAACCGGGAGACACGCGGACUAAUGGGACAUUGGUGGCAGAUGCCUUUCUAGUUCGUAUCACAUCUGUAAUGUCUCAGAUCAGUGAGAUCCUGGGAGAAGUCGAGCAUUCAAAGCGAUUCCAGGAACAACUUGGUCGGCUGAAGGCCGCAUUUCAAGCCAAAUACAUUGCCUCAUCAGGCCUGCUCGUAGGAGAUACCCAGACAGCCUUGAGCCUUGCGAUUAUUUUCGAGCUACAUGCUACCGCCGAACAAGUGAAGGUGGCAGCUAGCCGCUUGGUUGAGUUGGUGCGCCUGGCGCAGUUCCGCGUGGCAACGGGGUUUGCUGGAACUCCCAUCAUCACCCACGCCUUGACGAAAGGCGGUUAUCCACAAAUAGCAUACCGGAUGCUGCUUGAGAAGCGUUGUCCGUCCUGGAUGUACCCCAUAACUAUGGGCGCGACGACCAUGUGGGAGAGAUGGGACAGCAUGCUUCCUGACGGCUCGAUCAACCCUGGAGAGAUGACUAGCUUCAACCACUACGCUUUUGGUUCGAUCAUCAACUGGCUUCAUAGCAUCGUAGCUGGGAUCAGCCCACUCGUUCCCGGAUGGAAAGAAUUCAGCGUCCAACCAAUUCCCGGGGGCAAUAUUGACUCUGCUGAGGCUGUUUAUGAGACCCCCUAUGGGCGGUUAGAAUGUCGAUGGAGGAUCGAGAUCGACAGAGAUAUUUUUACGCUGGAGCUCCUUGUUCCGCCGAACUCCCGUGCUCUCGUCACCUUGCCGAGUGAUACAAACCUUACUGGACAGCAACAGCAGCAGGGGGAAUGGGAUGCGUCCGAUUUCCUCCUGCACGCAAUAUCUCGCAAGAAACGAUGUAUAACGCCACAGCCUGGAAGAUCAUGCAUCUCCUGUUCCCAGAAAAGACGGAAAUGCGAUCUAGUUGACGACUAUCGGGGCAACUCUGGCAGUAGCGCUUUCAACGGCCGCCUAAGCAUUCCUCAUUCUGAUUCACGCAUCCAUCGACCAGAGACGAGGAUCGCCCCCGCGGAAGGCAAGAUCAACGUAUCGCAGCCAGAUCUCAGCCUGCCCCCAGAACAUGUGUGCAAUGAGCUCGUUGACCUGUACUUUGAUUUGAUUGAUGAGAAGCAGCUGCUUCUCUUCCAUCGCACCACCUUCAUAGCGGAACAACGCGCUGGAAGGGUUCCAGAAUUUCUUGUCCUCGGCAUGAUUGCUCUGAUGGCCCGUUUUUCCUCCAAUUCGUACUUCGAGGGCGUUCAUCCCUGGCACAGAGCGCGGCCCUGGUUCAAGGCGGCAAUGCGGUCAUUCAACGCCCGAUCAGAGCUGAUUAACUUGGCGUCUCUGCAAGGAAGUAUCUUACUGUCGUUCGUCGCCCUCGCUGAGGGCGAUUCCGCUCAGGAGGCGCUGUUAACCUCUCAAGCUAUUUGCAUGGUGCGGAUGUUGCGCUUGCCUGAAAAUCUGAGCGAUGAUCCUAUUAAACGCGAGGUGGAGAUCAGAAUGUUCUGGGUAAUGUGGAUGAUGGAGAACUGGCACGCUGCACGCGUUCUUAUCCCAAAGCAGCUCACGGCUAGCUCUACUUUUAGGAGACCGCUGGAGGAAGAAGCAUACAGAAACAUGAAGUCCACUGAUUCACCGGACCAUUAUUCCGAAACGAGGAUUGAUGCCUUGGGUCUCCGAUCAAACGGCUUGUGGACGUGGAUGCUCCCACUAUCAACAUUCCACGACCAGGUCAUGCGGCUCAAUGAUGAGAUAGUUCAGAACACAAUAAGCGAGAUCGAUAUUCGACAGCGAGUCAGGGAGAUAUCGCACGAAAUAGAUUGCUAUCUUCGUGACUUACCACGUCAUCUGCAACACACAUCCGAGAACCGGGAGCGGCAUUUUGCCCGUGACUUGGGCCGCGAGUUUACAAUCCUGCAAUUGAACUACCACCACCAGUGCCAAAUGCUAUAUUACCAAUUCCUCAAUAAGAAAGCCAGAUUGCCUGACGGCAGCACUGACCAUGAGGCCGUGAUGUACGCGGCCAGAUGCAAAGCACAUGCCACGGCGCUCAGCCAGGUGAUGUGGGAUACUAAUUCGCGCCCCGGUAUGGAAUGCCUCUGGUCUCCCGUGAACGGGCACCUCCUGGUCGUCGCGUCGUCUGUUUUACUAUAUACGCUUCUUUUUGAUACGGACGAUGAGAGCAUCGAAAAAGCCAAGAGACUACUGGAGCAGAAUUUCAUAAUGCUGCUUCAGUUCCGAAAACACUGGUCGCUCGUGGAGUUCUCCAUGACUCGCCUGAAGGCAUUCCAUCGAGCUUGUCAAAUGAACAGCACACAAGAGAACUUCGAUAUGGAUCGCUGGAUGAUUUAUUUUUUGAAUCGCUACGAUGCCAGCGUAUCGGAACGGUACAAUGAUGGUGUCAAUGAGUCACUAACAGCUGCCCCGGAGACUCCUGCAACUGAUUCAUGGCUGGAAUUUUCCAAGUGA